AUGGUGCAAAACAUGCCGCAAACCCAAAUUAUGGAGCAACCGCCAGAGCCUCAUCAGCAAUCGCAAAUGCUUGCAAGUCCUUACAUUAUUAAUCAGGGCUAUGGCGGAUCUGUAUCCAGAGUCCUACCGCAAAGCAUUCAAAUCCGUAUCCGCACCGUAGGCUUAUUUAUGUUGAUUUUGGGUCUACUUUCAUUAAUUCUAGGUGUUAUUGGGUUUUUUCUUGAUGGAUAUACUAUCUAUGACGAUACCCCCUCAUUUUCUAUUAUUUGUAAUGUACGAGCUUACGUGUACCUUGGAACCAACAUAUGGUGUGGAUUUAUUUAUGCUCUCAGUGGAGUAUUUUCUCUCCUAUCCAAUCAAUUCAGGGAUAAUGCUCAUCUGAUGAAUACUUUUUAUGCUUUCAGUAUUAUCAGUUUUAUUAUGUCUUUGGCUCAUUUUGGCUUAAGCUUCGGGCUAAUGUUUCAUGAUGGACAGCAUUGUAUCUUAUGGUAUAAUGCUGUUUCUAUGCUGAUAUCUAUUGGUAGUUUUGCUCUCUCUCUCGUUGUCAUGAUUGUACUUGGCCAUCAAAUAUAUUGCAGAUCUAAUCUUCGGAAUGCGAUUUCAGUUCAUUAUAUGACUGGCCAUCAACUUGUUGCUUUCGGCCAACCAGUACCAAUGGGAGUCGCUUAUUCCGCUGGGCAACCUGUUUAUGUCCAAACAACACCUAAUCUACAGUAUACAACUGAGAUGAACCGGGCUGCAAUCUUUCCACCACAGCAACCGCCACCUCAAUAUGAUCAAUUGGUAGCAAUAAAUCGAAACGAUAAUUCGAAGGAAACAGAGAAUAUCAUCGGCUAA